GAAAAAAAAAACUUGAUUUCUAAAAAAAAAAGUUAUUAGUUAUUUUUUUAUAUAAAAAUAACCUAAAUUCCCUUAAAUUUCCAUUUUCAAAAAAAAAAAUUUUCAAACCAAAAAAUACUUUUUUUAUCAAAACAUUCAAAAAAAAUUACUCGUAAAAUAUAUCCAAAAUACCAAAUAAUAAUAAUAAUAAUAAUAAUAAUAAUAACAAAUGGGUUGGUUAUUUAAUUUCAAUCGUUCACAACAAGAUGAUGAUGAUAUUCCUCCGUUCAUAACUAUAGACGGAAGAACGAAAAGAAAUAAGUGGAAAAUUCCUGCAUCUUUAAAUAACGAAGAAAAGAAAUUUUUGAUAGGAGUUAAAAAAAGAGCAUUCAAGUUAGAUGAAAGUUGUUGUUGUGGUUGUUGUGUAGGUUUGGAUCCCCUUGUUGGAUUUUUACCUGUCAUUGGUGAUUUCGCUGGUAUUGGUCUAUCAUUUUGGUUAGUCAAUCAUAUGAAAAAUAGUAAUUUGGUGGAAAAUCAUAAAAUUCCAAUCAUGCUUAGGGAGAUGACCAUAAUGAUAAUUAAAGAUGCUAUUGUUGGAUUUGUUCCUAUCAUAGGUGAUAUCAUUGAUUGCUUUUAUAAAGCAAAUACGUAUAAUUCAUUGGUCUUUCAGAGGUAUCUCGUUAACCAGGCAAAACUUAGAUCUGUAGUAAAGGACAAUCACAAAGUAGAAGUUAUCACUCACAAUAGUGAUAACUUGACUAAUGAUAAUCACGACAACCGAAAGAAAAUGUUGAACUAAUCAUUGAAAUUUAUUUUUUGGAGGGGAAAGGGAAUUGGGUUUCUUUCUUUUUUUUUAAAAAAAAAAAUCAUCAUUUGUAAAAAAAAUUGCUGGCAAAAAAAAAAAACUUCAUUUUUCAUUACUUCCAUCAAUUUGGAAGAUAUACUUUGUAUUUGCAUCACCAAAAGUUUAUUUUUUAAUUAAUCUAAAAAAUGUAAUAUAAUAAUAAUAUAUUAUAAUUAUUAUUGUCAUUAUAAUUAUAAUCAUAAUUUAAAAUAGAUAACCACGUUCGUGACAGUGUCAUAAUAUUUAAAAAGUUUAUUAUAUCAUCAUCAUUAGCUAAUUUAUCUGAGCAAAAUAAAAAUGUUUUAAUAACGUCGAUUAGACGUCAUUAGUUUAAAUCU